GGCGGAGGCUGAGCGGCGAGAGAGCGGCGCCUGGCCCGAGGCGGCGACGCGGGAGCAGGCUGAGGCGGCGGCCGGGACGAGCGCCCUGAGGUGGCGGCCGCGGCCCCAUGGGCGGGUGCGUGGGCGCCCAGCACGACUCUUCGGGCAGCCUCAACGAGAACUCGGACGGCACGGGAGUUGCUCUAGGUCGUAACCAGCCUUUGAAAAAGGAGAAACCAAAAUGGAAAAGUGACUAUCCCAUGACAGAUGGACAACUGCGCAGCAAGAGGGAUGAAUUCUGGGACACUGCACCAGCUUUUGAAGGCCGGAAAGAGAUCUGGGAUGCCUUGAAGGCCGCUGCACAUGCUUUUGAAAGCAAUGAUCAUGAACUGGCACAGGCAAUCAUUGACGGUGCAAACAUAACACUACCACACGGUGCACUGACAGAGUGCUACGAUGAGCUGGGGAACCGGUACCAGCUGCCAGUCUAUUGCCUGGCACCACCAAUCAACAUGAUAGAGGAAAAGAGUGACAUAGAGACUCUUGAUAUUCCUGAGCCACCUCCCAAUUCUGGACACGAAUCUCAGCUCCGCCUGCGGCUCUCCACAGGCAAAGACCUCAGGCUCGUGGUCCGCAGCACAGACACAGUGUUUCACAUGAAGAGGCGCUUACACGCCACAGAGGGCGUGGAGCCAGGCAGCCAGCGCUGGUUCUUCUCUGGCAGGCCUCUCACGGAUAAGAUGAAGCUGGAGGAGCUGAAGAUCCCCAAGGACUAUGUGGUGCAGGUUAUAGUGAGCCAGCCUGUGCAAACCCCAACACCAGUGGAGAACUGAGCUGGACUUGCCUUCUUCCAAGAUCCCGUGGCUCCUUUUUAUUGUUACCAUUUCUUACUCUUAAGGCGUGAAAUUUAUUUUCACUGCUCUGAAUUCCCUAUGAAUGGAUUUAGUUCUGAGGAAUUACCAGUGAAAAAUUCCAUCUGUGAUGGAGACCAACAAAAAUAAUAAAACACACAGAGCCAGCCUCUGAUACUCUUAUAAUUACAAUUUCUAAUUUGAAAGACAGUUAAGAAAUAGAUAACCAUUUAUUUUAAAACAUUUAUCAACUGUGUAAUGGCUGUAUUUAAAUGAUCUCGAAUGUAAACAGACACCAGACCCAUCAAAAACAGCACCAAGCACCUUUUGGACACAGAAUUUUUAUGACAUACAUGUCAAAUUUUUUUUUUUCCAGAACCAUCAAUAACAGUUACAAAACCUAAUCUUUUUUUUCUUUUAAAGUGGAACCUAAAAGAGCAUAGAGUUUUGCUUCUCUUCUGGGUUUGUAGUCCUACCCACCAGGAGGCAGUGAGACUGGGAGUUGUCAGUGUUCCUUCCCCUCCCACCAAGUUCUGCUCCCUGUUGACAUGCACUCAGUCCUGUGGCCGUCAUGCUGGCAGCGGGCACCCUCUGGCGCCCUGAGCAGCACGUUAGUAAGUAGUUAGAGCUUGUAUUCUCAGUUGAGAAGUUUCUAGUCUUGCUUCAUAGUAAUCUUAACAUAUCUGUGGACCCAGGCUUGACAGCUAGCUACUAUGUGAUGUCUUUGCUGACCCUGAUGCUCUGCGUGACCAUUUCUGUAGCUUCCUGGCCCCGCCUAUAUAUUCCUGGGCCAGGCAAGACAGAAAUGGAGUAUAGCUGCUUCCAGUCCAGAAUGAAAAGCAAUCUUCUCCUUCCUGCCUGCAGGGAAUGUGAGUAAAACCCUCUCUGCCUGUUCCUGGGAAAACUGUGCCUAUUCUAAGCCUUGGAGAAAAUUCCAAUUCAAAAUGUUCGUGUGUGAUAGCUAACUAGUGUCAUUUAAACUGCAUUGGUGGGAACAGAUGGUAGCGCCUGGCUCAGACUGGAGUGCUUUCACUUAACUCUGACUCCAGUCACUGUGGUGGCAGGGUUCCUCCCACACCUUCCCAACAAAGGUGAAUUAACCUCCAUCUGCACACUGGGCUAAGGGACUGAACAUAGUAAAUCAGGCUCACCUUCUCUGGAGAAAGCUGCCAAGGGUUAUAUUUAAUCUGGAGCCUUUUAAAAGCUGUUUUUGCCAGGCAUGUUGUACCUGCCUUUAAUCCUGGGCCUUGAGAGGUAGAAAGAGGCAGAUCUCAGAAUUUGAGACCAGCCUGGAAUACACAGCUAGUUCUAGGCCAGCCAGAGCUACUUAGUGAGACUGUGUCUUAAAAAAAAAAGUUGGUUCCCUGAGAAGGGGACUAUCAUGUGACCACACUGUCUCUGAAAGUUUGUGAGAUGUGAACAGUAGAUGAAAGAAGGGUCUGUGCUUUUCUCAGUCAGGAAAUACCAAACCUCCUAUUCGGAUAUAAAAUGCCAUUCAUAAUUUUAGUGGCAGAAUGAAACCUCUAAGCAGUUUAAAAUGUAAUUUUUAAGUAUUAAAUUUCUUAUAGCCUGUUUAAAUAUAUCUAUAAUUAUAACUUACAUUUCUGAGAACUUUAACCAUUUCCCUAAUUCUGUUCAUCAUUUAGUUUGUGAUUGUAUCUAAUUUAGAUUUGGUGGUGACUGAUCUAAAUUCAGAAGUGCACACACAGCUUUAGCAACCAAGGAUGCCCACAUUUCCAUGUGGAGGCUCUAGGGUAUUCCAGUGCAUCUCCCUCCCACCAUCAAGAAGGUUGGUUCAUUUGUCAUAUUGAAUAACAGUAUCUCAAAGUCCGUCAGUUGGAAAAGUGGUUAAACCUAUUAUUUUUCUAAAGGAAAUUUGAUGGUGUCAUGAAUAACCUGAUUGUUAAAAGGUCUUGUUUCUUGAGGGUUUGUCCUAAGAGAUUUGUGGGGUCUUUUGGUUUUUGUUUGUUUGUUUGUUUGUUUAAAUUUUAAAGGAACAUAUACUUUGAAUAACAAUCCUCCAGGCAUGGUGAGAAAAAAACCUAGGUGCUGGAAAUUGUCAAUAGGUUAAUAACCUAGGUGAGAAAAAAACAUGGUGCUGGUAAUUGUCAAUAGGUCGAUGUAAGAUUGGAUCAAUACUUGAUGUGUAUCAUUUUAGUAUGUAGGGGUUUUGUGCUUUUUUUAAAAAAAAAAAUUCAACUUUU